UCACUACUUCGCGGUCUUGUUUGAGUAGACAGAUUUUGGGCAGAGUGAACCCUCUCGCUUCGCGUCUUCCUCUCUGUCGCGAAUCAGCUGAUCAGGAACUCACCAAACUGUAGUAAACGUGACAGUACGAUGGAAAUUGGCUAUAUCAGAUCGAGUUUUGCCAUGUUUGGGAUGUCAAGAACACCCCCUGUAUUCUUCGCUUUUUGUAAUUCAGUCAUGCUCGGAGUCGACAACUAAUAGAUUCGUGGACAAAAGAAAACGGUGUCGAGUAUUGAGGUGCCGGCCAGCGCAGUGCAGGAAUGGAUCCUCUGGGAGCACGCUGUCAGUUUGUAGAGGUCCAGACUCUGUCCACCUGGGAGUGGCAGCCGGACCCUGAGGGAGAGGAGAAGGAGUACAACUUCAGCCAGCAGGCCUUCCUAUCCCCCUUCCCCUACAGAGAGGACAUCAACAGGAAAAUAGUGCUCUAUAAUGGCAAUGUUGCCCUGCUGAACUGCACAGCGAUCGUAAACACGAGUAAUGAGACUCUGACGGACAAGAACCCUAUCUCUGAGAGCAUCCACACUUACGCUGGGCCUGAACUUCGAGACGAGAUGCUCAAACUGAAAGGAUGUCGGACAGGCGAGGCAAAGAUGACCAAAGGCUUUAACCUGGCGGCGCGCUUUAUCAUCCACACGGUGGGCCCCAAGUACAAAACCAAGUACAGGACGGCUGCUGAGAACUCUCUGUACAACUGCUAUAGGAACGUCAUGCAGCUCGCCAAAGAGCAGGCUAUGGCAUCUGUGGCCGUCUGUGUGGUCAGCACAACUAAGAGAGGAUACCCACUGGAGGACGCCACACACAUUGCCCUCAGAACGGUCCGCAGGUUUCUGGAGAAGUAUGGAGAGAGCAUAGAGACGGUGGUGUUCGCUGUGACAGACACAGAAGAGCCCACAUACAGGAAACUGCUGCCUCUCUACUACCCUCGUUCUGAGGAAGAGGAGUGUGCCAGCCUGCCCCUAAUCCCGACUGACAUCGGGAACUCUGAAGGUGAGCCUGUAGUCCCAGAGAGACAGAUCCGCAUCGCCGAGAAACCAGGCUGUCUGGAAGUUGACUCUGAGGCGGAGACUCUAGACUCAGACCUGGGCCAGGUGGGGACUCAUGCGUUUUCCCGGAUGGAGGGAGACGUGGACAAACAGCGCAAACUAAUCCUGCAGGGCCAGCUGUCUGAUGCAACCAUGCAGAAACAGCACCAGAGAAAUUAUAACCGCUGGUUAUGUCGAGCCAGAGCAGAGGACUUGUCUGACAUAGCAGCACUGAAAGCCUUAUAUCAAACUGGUGUUGACAUGUGUGGCAGGACAGUGAUGGUUCUUGUGGGCAGAAAUAUUCCUGUCACCCUCAUUGACAUGGAAAAGGCCCUGCUCUACUUCAUCCAUGUCAUGGACCACAUCACAGUGAAGGAGUAUGUGAUGGUUUACUUCCACACUCUGACCGGAGAACACAACCAUCUGGACUCUGAAUUCCUUAAGAAGCUUCAUGAGAUUGUAGACACGAAGUUUAAGAAUAACUUGAGGGCUUUCUACUUUGUACACCCCUCUUUUCGCUCUAAGGUGUCCACCUGGUUCUUCACUACAUUCAGUGUGUCAGGGAUGAAGCAGAAGGUCCAUCAUGUAGAGACCCUCCAGCAGCUGUUCACCUGUAUCCUGCCUGAACAGAUAGACAUCCCUCCCUUUGUCCUGGAGUACGAUGCACGGAAAAUCACCGAAGAAGGAUUUGGAUUUGAUGACUUGAACGAACCCAUCGCAGUUUAACCAUGCCUGACGAGAAUAGGCCCCUGAGAACGGUUCUCAUCCACUUCCUACGAUUUACAACCUGGGACAAGGUACUUAAAGCAGCAAAAGAAAAGGGUGGUUCAGUGUGUAGGCCGCCAGCUGUCUUAUUUACCCGGACUUGUCCAAGGAACUGGCAAUAAAGAGGAAGACGUUUGCAAUGGUAAAGAAACAUCCCUGAGAAGAACAUCAGGCACACACUGGCAUUCCCAGCGACCCUGCUCUUUUCUUGGAAGGGAAAGAUCAUUAUUUUCAAGGACAACAUGGAGGCAGAGAUUUUUGCUAGAGUAAGGUGUUUAGCCUAGAUAAAGAAGAUGAGACGAAGUAAAUCAAUUUCCCAACAACUACCUAAUAAUACACACAAUUCUAAAGGGGUGAAUGCGAAUAUGUACAUAGAAAUAUAUGGAUGAGCGAUGGCCGAGCGGCAUACGCAAGUGCAAUAGAUGGUAUAAAAUACAGUGCAUAUACAUAGGCUAUGAGUAAGAUAUGUAAACAUCAUUAUUAAAGUGGCAUUGUUUAAAGUGA